CGGUAGUUGUGACAUGUUAGGGCCCUGCAAACGGCCUCUUCAGAGCGGAUCCCUCGGGGGCCCAGAGGAUACGAUGCCCAAGGCUUACCCCCAUCCGCUGCUGUGACCACAGUGACGACUGCUCAUGUGUAAUUCGGUUUUGUUGACAUAUUUCUUCGUGUCAACGUUUCCAGUUCUAGGCUUCGCUUCCGGCUCAGAGCCCCGCCACUGCUGGAAGAAAGUGAAAGUUGCGAACGGCGGCAGUUUCGGCGAGACUGUCCCCCAGCGAACAAGGCAGUACGGUGGCCAUGAGGACGACGCCUGUGGUAGUGGCUCUGGUCGCGUCCGUCGCACUCUUCUGGGGCCAGGUGACGGCCAAUCAGACCCUUGACAUUUUCAAGACCUGCAAGGUUGGAAAACCCGGCUUUGACAGUUGCGUUAUGAAUGGACUCAACACUAUGCAGACGUUCUUCAACACAGGUCUUCCGCAAUACAACAUAGGGUCCUUUGACCCAUUCUUCGCCAAGGAGGUGAGCCAGAAGCGUGGUGGCACAAAUAUGAACUACCAGCUGAAACUGAAGAAUGUUUAUGAGAGAGGCUGGACCAAGUCACAUGUUACAAAGUUCAGAAGUGAUCCAAGGAAUUACAUGAUCAAAUAUUCCCAGUUUUUCCCUGACAAGUAUGUGGAAGGAGACUACGAGAUAGUGGGAAAUGUGUUCGACUAUCCGCUUAACAACAAGGGGAGGUUCAAUAUCUCAUUAUAUAACUACACUCAGACUACAACUGCUGUUUGCCGCCCAUACAUCAGAGGUGUUAACGAGUCUCAGAGUGGGCCAGUGAAAGUGAAGAUUCAGCAGGAUGGUAUAGGAGACAUGAAACUGCACAUUACAAACAUUCUGAAAGGGCGGGCUGCCUUGGAGAAUGUUCUAGAUUCUCUCAUCAAUGUUGGCUGGAGGCCUUUCCUGCCCAUCGUGAGGCCUCUCAUUGACGACUUAGUGAGCACUGCCUUCACUGACAUCUUCGACAAGUACUUCCACAACUUCCCCUUCCAGGAGAUCUUCAGACAGUGAGCAGCUGAAGGCGUUACAGUUCCUCAGUUUGGUCUGUCUUCCCUGAUGAUAGAUUGAACUCCGUUUGGAAACACCAGGAAGGUUUCAUGCCAAUAUGUACUCUUCUCCUACGCCCUCCAAUGUUCUCAGAAAAGCAGCCUUAUUUUAAAAUGUUAUUUAUGUAUGUGUUGUGGGCCUCCAUUACACAGAGUUAUCCAUGAAUGCAUGAAUGUUCACAAAAUGUGUGCAUUGUUUUGAAUAUUAACAUUAAUCCUCUUGACCAUAUUUUGAGAGAUACAUGCAAGAGCUUCAGCUGUGAUUGUGCCAAUGGCAUUGCUAAUGUUUGUUCUCAGGUUUGGAUUGUUUUGGUAUAGUGUUCAUUACUGAAACACUACAACAAAAAGUCAGGGGACAUUGCGUCCAGGGAUCUGAGUAUCCACAGCCCUUUCAAAAUUAUCAUGUGUUCAGGAAAUUCCUUCUGUAUAUCCAUCAUAUCCUGAACAUGUGAAUAUGACACCUAACGCUGUCCUUAUGAAGCCAACAGCCUCCUUCAUCAAGUUCCAUUAAGGACCAGAAAAUGCAUAAUUAUGGAUUAAUAUGUUUUAGUGAUUGGACAAGGUGUGGAACUAAAUCUGUAUUAAGAAAAUUUAUGGGAGUAUUAUGAGACGUAUUAUCACCGUUUGUAGGUAUAAGACUUAUAUUGUCACACAAGAUGAACGUGAAAUGUUUAUUUUUAUAGUGACUCCAUGUAAACUGCAGAUUUUGAAAAUAGUACAGCAGUUCAAUAUGGCACUCAGUGUAUUAGCCAUGGUGCAAACGACUGAGCUGCCUCAAGCUGAAGUCUGCUUCUUCUAGAAACACUGGUGGUUGUCACCCUAC